UUGGGCUGUCAUCAACCUCAGUUAUAAUUCUCCAAUCUAUCACCCAUUUCUGAAUUAGGGUUUUGGCUUCUCUGCUCUGCGCGUUCCGCAGCUCAUUCUCUGUAAUCAGCUUGCACCAAUCAAUCACCUUCACUCUCCAUCAAUGGCGGAACAGACGGAGAAGGCUUUCUUGAAGCAGCCCAAGGUUUUUCUCUGUUCGAAGAAAUCUGGGAAGGGGAAGAGGCCUGGCAAAGGAGGGAAUAGGUUCUGGAAGAGUAUUGGUUUGGGAUUCAAGACUCCCAGAGAUGCAAUUGAAGGGUCUUACAUUGAUAAGAAAUGCCCAUUCACCGGCAAUGUUUCUGUCCGUGGACGCAUUCUUGCCGGCACCUGCCAUAGUGCAAAAAUGACCAGGACUAUCAUUGUUCGUCGUAACUAUCUUCAUUUUAUCAAGAAAUAUCAAAGGUAUGAGAAGAGGCACUCAAACAUUCCAGCACAUAUAUCUCCAUGCUUCCGUGUGAAGGAGGGUGAUCAUGUUAUUAUUGGGCAGUGCAGGCCAUUGUCAAAGACAGUGAGAUUUAAUGUGUUGAAAGUGAUUCCUGCUGGUUCAUCUGGAGCUGUUAAGAAAGCUUUCACAGGAGUAUGAGCAUUUCCAUUCGUCCUCAUCCACCAAUAUCCUGUUAGAGGAUUUAGACUUGACAAUUCCUGAUAUGCGACUUCUCUUUUAAUGUGUUCUGAAGGAAUUAGAUUUUGUAUGCUAUUUAAUCUUCUUAUUGCUGUUCUCUGUAUUAUCUUCCAGUGAUAUUGUUCCAUUUAUCUUUGUGUCUCCUUAUGUUGUUCCAUUGAUGCUGCUGCAUUCUUUAUAGCUUUCCAAAAGAAUGAAAAUGCUUCUUAAUGCACACAUCUAAUCCUCUGUUUUCUUGUUGAA